CUGUUUCCUGCCGCUCGAUCCCUUUGUCCGCUCCGAGACUCAAAGUGCGCAAAGAGGAGGAAGAUGUCCGACGUGCAGCUGCUGCGGGUGUCGGUACAUGAGCGGAUCAGCGCCGCCGCCGAAGACUUUCUGCUGCAGCUGGAGAAAGGAGGAGAAACGGCUCGAGUCCCGGCGCUGAGAGCGAUGCUAACCGAGCGGCUAACGGCUGCGGGGGAGGAGAUCCUGGCGGUGUUAGAAGACAAAAUGGAGCGGUCCGAGCGCCAGAGGAGGCUGCUGGAGGCCGUGAUGAAGCCCGAACUCCGGCUGCACCGAGUUGACGUACAGCAGCUGAUGGUGAAUAAAGAACAGGUUCCCCCUGUGCAGCAGCAGUGGAGCCCCCUUGUGGACCAGGAGGACCCGGAGCCCCCCUAUAUUAAAGAGGAACUGGAGGAACCGUGGACCAAUCAGGAGGGAGAGCAGCUUCAACAACUUGAGCAGGCCGAUAUCAAGUUUCCAUGGACUGCUGUCACUAUGAAGAGUGAAGAAGAUGAAGAGAAACCUGAGUUGUCCCAGCUUCAUCAGAGUCAGACUGAGGAGAACAGAGCGGACUGUGGAGAACAAGAACCAGCCAGGAACUCAGGUCCUGAUGGACAUUUACAACAAGGUACUGAGGACAAGACUGAAGACUCUUCUGAGACUGUAGACAGAGAAGAUGAUUGGAUGCAGACCAGGGAACCUCAGUCUGGUUUAAAUUCAAAAAAUAACAAAAAGCCUCUAAGUGAUAUGAAAUGUAAAAGUCGUAGGAAAACAUUUGAUUGUUCUGAGUGUGGUAAAAGAUUUCGUCAUAAGAGCAGUCUAAUUUUACACAUUAAGUUUCAUACAGGAGAGAGACCGUUAAGGUGCUCAGAGUGUGGUCAAAUAUUUAAAUACAAUUAUUAUCUAACUGUGCAUAUGAUGACUCAUACAGGAGAGAGACCGUAUAGUUGCUCCGAGUGUGGUAAAGGAUUCAAAUGUAAAGGCGAGCUAAAUGGACAUGUGAAGACUCAUAUAGGAGAGAAACUGCUAAGUUGCUCCGAGUGUGGAGAAAGAUUCAGACGAAAGAUCUAUCUAACUGCACAUAUGGAGACGCAUAAAGAAGAGAAACUGUUUAGUUGCUCCGAGUGUGGAAGAAGGUUCAAACUAAAGGGCAAGUUAGCUGGACAUAUGAAGACUCAUAGAGGAGAGAAACUGCUAUGUUGCUCCGAGUGUGGAGAAAGAUUCAGACAAAAUAUCCAUCUAACUGCACAUAUGAAGACUCAUACAGAAGAGAAACUGUUUAGUUGCCCCAAGUGUGGAGAAAUAUUCAGACGAAACAUCCAUCUAACUGCACAUAUGAUGAUUCAUUCAGGAGAGAAACCCUAUAGUUGCUCCAAGUGUCGUAAAAGAUUCAAACAAAAGGACGAGCUAACUGGACAUAUGGAGACUCAUACAGAAGAGAAACUGUAUAGUUGCCCCAUUGUGGACCAGGAGGACCAAGAGCCCCCCCAUAUUAAAGAGCAACAGGAGGAACCGUGGACCAAUCAGGAAGGAGAGCAGCUUCAAGAAGUUGAGCAGGCUGAUAUCAAGUUCCCAUGGACUGCUGUCACUAUGAAGAGUGAAGAAGAUGAAGAGAAACCUGAGUUAUCACAGCUUUAUCAGAGUCAGACUGAGGAGAACAGAGCGGACUGUGGAGAACAAGAAGCAGCCAGGAACUCAGGUCCUGAUGGACAUUUACAACAAGGUACUGAGGACAAGGCUGAAGACUCUUCUGAGACUGAAGAUGAUUGGUUUCUGACAUGGGAACCUCAGUCUGGUUUAAAUUCAAAAAAUAACAAAAAGCCUCAAAGUGAUCUGAAAACAUUUGAUUGUUCUGAGUGUGGUAGAAGAUUUCUUCUUAAGAGCAGUCUAACUGGACAUAUGGAGACUCAUACAGAAGAGAAACUGUAUAGUUGCCCCAUUGUGGACCAGGAGGACCAAGAGCCCCCCCAUAUUAAAGAGCAACAGGAGGAACAGUGGACCAAUCAGGAAGGAGAGCAGCUUCAAGAAGUUGAGCAGGCUGAUAUCAAGUUCCCAUGGACUGCUGUCACUAUGGAGAGUGAAGAAGAUGAAGAGAAACCUGAGUUGUCACAUAUUCAUCAGAGUGAGACUGAGGAGAACAGAGCAGACCGUGGAGAACAAGAACCAGCCAGGAACUCAGGUCCUUAUGGACAUUUACAACAAGGUACUGAGGACAAGGCUGAAGACUCUUCUGAGACUGAAGAUGAUUGGUUUCUGCCAUGGGAACCUCAGUCUGGUUUAAAUUCAAAAAAUAACAAAAAGCCUCAAAGUAAUCUGAAAACAUUUGAUUGUUCUGAGUGUGGUAGAAGAUUUCUUCAUAAGAGCAGUCUAACUGGACAUAUGGAGACUCAUACAGAAGAGAAACUGUAUAGUUGCCCCAUUGUGGACCAGGAGGACCAAGAGCCCCCCCAUAUUAAAGAGCAACAGGAGGAACCGUGGACCAAUCAGGAGGGAGAGCAGCUUCAACAACUUGAGCAGGCCGAUAUCAAGUUCCCAUGGACUGCUGUCACUAUGAAGAGUGAAGAAGAUGAAGAGAAACCUGAGUUGUCACAGCCUCAUCAGAGUCAGACUGAGGAGAACAGAGCGGACCGUGGAGAACAAGAACCAGCCAGGAACUCAGGUCCUUAUGGACAUUUACAACAAGGUACUGAGGACAAGGCUGAAGACUCUUCUGAGACUGAAGAUGAUUGGUUUCUGACAUGGGAACCUCAGUCUGGUUUAAAUUCAAAAAAUAACAAAAAGCCUCAAAGUAAUCUGAAAACAUUUGAUUGUUCUGAGUGUGGUAGAAGAUUUCUUCAUAAGAGCAGUCUAACUGGACAUAUGGAGACUCAUAAAGAAGAGAAACUGUAUAGUUGCUCCAAGUGUGGUAAAAGAUUCAAACAAAAGGACUUGCUAACUGGACAUAUGAAGACUCAUAGAGAAGCGAAAUUGUUUAGUUGCCCUGAGUGUGGAAGCAGAUUCCUACAAAAGCGCCUUCUAACUGUACACAUGAGGGAUCAUACAGAAGAGAAACCAUUUAUUGAUAAAAGAUUUAGACGAAUGGCUGAUGCAUCUUCACAUUAUUAAUUACGGAGAGAAUUUCUUUGUCCCUAGAAAAAUAACUCAUUGAAUAAAAUGGAAGAUAUCGUUGAUAUUUCCUGUUUCUAAUGAUUUGAUUUAUGCCAUAUAUAUUUCAUAGCCAUAUUUACUUAUGUAUUUUUCAUAAUGUCCUGCAUAUCUUGUAAAAAAAUCUGCUUCAAAUUAACAGCUGAAUAUAUGUCAGAGAAGUCAUACAGGAGAGAAACUAUUAAAUUUCUCCUAGGGUUUUAAAAGAUUUAAAUUAAUUAGCAGUCUAACUGUGUAUACAAUUAGUCAUACAGCAGAUCAUUAUUUUACUUGCUCUCAGUGUGGAAAAAGAUUUCACUGUAGGUACAAGUAGCUCUGGGUUGAUCCUUUUUCUUUGUUCUUAAUCCAUGGUGGUGAGGUUGGAAUCUGACCGAUUGAUUCUGUGGUAGGUGUAUGAGUUUGUAUAUAUGUAUAAAUACACAUUUAUAGACACAUUUUUAUUAUAUAACUUGUAUAUAUUAUCACAUCUAUUUUUUGUACAGGUAAACAAUAUAUCCAUAAAUUUAUAGGAAGCUUGUUCAGUAAGAUAAUUUUUAAUUAAUGACUUAUGGUGAAGGGGUGAGAUUAAAUAAGUUUGUGCUCUUCACUCAUUUUCGAAUAUGUAGAUUAUAUCAUGAACUCUGCUCACCACUAAUUGUAAAUAUAUAUUUUUUCAGUUUAUAUUUGUUAACAUGUUGGUAUACUUUUUAUUGUUUUAUUUACAUGUUCAAAGUAAAUAAAAAUGAAUGAAAAAAAACACUGUUACGUAUGACUGCCAAAAGAAAUACAAUAACUAUAUGAAAUGACAAGGGGAACGCGUCCUGCCGGUCUCUUGUGCUUUCAGAAACAGAUCAUAUAUAUACUAAAUCAGUGUAGUUUAUAGUGAAGCCAUUCACAUCAGUUACAUCAAGAAAAGUCUUAGAAAAAGAGCAAAAACACGGGUAACAUCUGUAAAUGAGAUUUAAAUGUGACCAGCAUUGAGACGGAGAACAGCCGUGAUGAAUUCACUGAAUAAAAUAUGAGAAACCCAA